GGCACAGUAUACAAUUCCCCAUUGAUCCCAGUCUGAAGAGCACAUCGCACUAUCUGGGUGCUGCAUCCUAAACAUGUCAGACACAGAAGAUGCUACAUGCGAGGGGCAACAUGCUGCAGGGGAAAACGAAGGAGAGGACGCAAAGCGCAAAAAGCCUGGUUUCGUGCCCGGCUUGACAGCUCCCAAAAUCCCAGAUGGAGAAAAAGUGGACUUUGAUGAUAUUCAUCGAAAACGAAUGGAGAAGGACCUGAACGAGCUCCACACUCUGAUCGACGCUCACUUUGAGAAGCGUAAGAAAGAGGAAGAGGAGCUUCUUAGCCUCACAGAUCGCAUCGAGACACGCAGGUCAGAGAGAGCAGAGCAGAUGAAAAUCAGGGCAGAGAGAGAAAAAGAGCGCCAGAACAAGAUUGCUGAAGAGAAAGCUCGAAAAGAAGAGGAAGAGGCGAAGAAGAAAGCAGACGAAGACGCCAGAAAGAAGCUGAUUCUGGCCAACUUGAGUUUUACUGGGUACAAGCAGGCACAACCUGGCCAGAAGAAACAAACGGAAAGAGAAAAGAAGAAGAAGAUCCUGAGUGAUCGACGCAAAGAGUUAAAUAUUGAACACAUGAAAGAGGACAAACUCAGGGAAAAAGCCAAGGAACUGUGGGAGUGGAUUCGCCAGCUGGAGGCCGAGAAAUUUGACCUUCAGGAUAAGCACGCUAAGCAAAAGUAUGAGGUCACUGUAUUGAGAAACCGGGUCAGUGAUCAUCAGAAAGUUUCAAAGGGUAGAAGAAGCAAGCGUGGCCUGAGGAAGUAACACCUGAAGUCAACCUGAAAGGAACUGGCAACACCUGGCAUUUACUGACAAACAAACGUGGCCUAAUGAUGUUUUCUAAAUACUUGAACACACAAGAACAAAAUUACAAAUGCUCUUAAAUAUUUUAUCUGUGAACAAAGUGCAUGCUGAGUUCAUGUAGCAGUAUAGUGGUUGUAGGCUGGUGUGUUGCAGCUUGUUCAUUACACAGGGAUUUGGCAGUGAGUAAACGUGACUUAAAAGAAUAAAACAUUUAAAAUGUGAUCCCAGUUUUAUGUCCUACCACUAAACCUGUCAUUUCUAGAAUACUAAAAAGUGCAGGUGAGACUAAUUAUCUGGUUCUUGUGUGUACUAGUUUGUGGUUGCACUGAAUAAAAAAAACUUUUUAACAAA